AUGACCCAAACUCCUCUCAACCACUCUUCAUCAUCUUGUCUUGAAAAGUCAAUGUGUAUGAUCAGACCAGUGGCAGUAAUCUUUGAACAUAAGAAUAUCAGGGCUAUACCACAUUGGGACAUUUGGCUAGGAUGUAUCCUAGCUCAUGGUGCCAGCUGGAUGGCCAAAGGGUUGAAUAUCUUGACUGUAUCCUUUGGUGGAUGUGGUGGUGUCCUAGUUGGGGACCCAUGUAAAACCACAUCUGGGAUAUGUCAAGGGCUCCCAAUAUUCUUCUGGUGUGAGGAUAAACCUUUGAGAUUUAUGUAA